AUGUACAAAUCAAUUAUCUUUUUCGCUCUUUUAUUGGUUGCCGCUAUUGCUUCAGCUGACACUGACAACCUUGUUGGUGGUAUUUGGAAGAAUUGUGGCCAAUCAAAUGAUAUUUUCCAAUUGGGAUAUGUUGAUAUCUCUCCAUCUACACCUGUCAAGGGUAAACCACUCACUGUUUCAAUCGGUGGAAAUUUAACUCAAACCAUUACUGAAGGAAGCAUGAAAUUAUUGGUAAAGUAUUCUUUCAUUACUUUAAUUAACAAGACUGAUGAUCUUUGCAAAACCUCUCCAUGUCCAAUUGAAGCUGGUUCAUGGAACAAGACUGUAACUGCUACCAUUCCAUCAUCUGUUCCAUCUGGAAAAUACACUGCUACCGUCUCUGCAGUCGAUCAAAAUUCAUCUGAAGUAUUUUGUCUCUCUGUUGCUUUUGGCCUUUAA